GUCUACCAACUCACAUUCACUUGACUUCAUUCAUCUCACCUCAACUUCGGUGUCAUCUCACCAGACUUUCGCUUCCCUUCCUUCCAACCUUGGACCUUGCGCUGCUUCUCUUGGCUUUCGCUCUUUUUUUCCCCGUCGUCGUUCGCCGCCAACAAGACACUCGUCGCUUGCGAAGCUGCUCGUCAAUUGCUCUUCGUCGCUCGCUCCUCAUCAGCCCCUUCAAACCGGUCGCGGGCCUCUUUCCCCCCUAUCGCGCCCACCGCAAUCUCCUCCAGCGCGCACCCACUCUGACCUCCUCACCCACCCUUUCGUCUUACGUCACCAUGACCCUGUCAUCACCAUCCAACCACAGCCUCGUUGCUGUGAUGCUCGUGCUUGGCACAUUUUCUCAAACCGCCUUGGCACAGCUGGCCAAGCGUAAUGACAACUCCACCCCCGCCGAACGCAAGAGGACCAUCGCCAUUGUCAUCGGCACUAUCGUUGGCGUCGGCCUUGUCGGUGGCCUCAUCCUCCUCGCCUUCUUGCACCGUCGCAUGCAGCGUCGCGACCGCAAGGAAGCCGAGGAUGACGCCCAUCUCGAGCUCGAGGGCGAUAUCGACGACUCGGACUACCCUGCCAUGCCGCGCCCCAGCAAGCAGCGUGAGGGCCAGGCCCCAGCGAACCCAUUUGAGCCGCCGCGUGACCGCCCUUAUGAGAACGGCGACAUGAAAUGAUGAGGCUGAGAAAUGCCUUUUCACUUCUUCUCGAAAUCGCAGACGGCGGACUCGCUCCGUGUACGUCUGUGAGGCCUCACCAACAAGGUGUUUCGGUCACGUCUUGGCUUCAUCCGGGUCAGGGAAUCAAGUAAUGCUGUUUGGGAAUGCUAUGGGUCUGGCGUUGUCUUGGCUAUUCUUCUGUACCAUUGCACGUUCGAACGCCUCGCCUCUAGGCGACUGUUGUAUAUCACCGUCGGCGUAUC